UGGUAGUUUUUGGCAGUCCAGUGGUCACCGCAGUCGCCGCCACAUUCGGUUUUGGUACAUCUGACUAACACGUCGCUGUAAUUAAGUUAAUUUAUCCGUUUUUAUUAUCCUUUUUUUUUAUUUAACAAUGAUAUUGCGCCGGUUUUGAUUAUAUCAUAGUAACCCAAUGAUGUCGUGUUAUUGUCCAAAUUGGAUGAACGAGAGCCUUUUGCAAGUGCCCAUCGACCUCAAUCACCAAUCGGACUUACUCAAAGGACCAGAAACUGUUCAUGUUUCAAAAUUUUUCAAGGAAGGCAAAGACGGUAAAUUUCUUAGCAACAUAGCACCUGAUGCCAAAACGCUAUACGAGACGUUUCGGAAAGGCGCAAAAAUUUCCAACAAUGGAAAAUGCCUAGGCUGGAGAGAAAACAUCAGCAAACCGUUUCAAUGGAUUCAUUACAACGAGACUUUGCUCCGGGCUCGGAAUUUUGGUUCGGGUCUCUUAGGCCUCGGCUUGCCGAAAAGCAAUCAAAUGUUUAUUGGGAUUUACAGCCAAAAUUGUCCAGAAUGGAUUCUCACAGAACAAGCAGCUUAUUGUUUUUCGAUGGUGAUAGUGCCGCUAUAUGAUACGUUAGGCCCAGAGGCCUGUUCUUUUAUUAUUAAUCAAGCGGACAUUACCGUUGUGGUAGUCGACACGGACGAGAAAUGUAAUCAGCUUUUGGACAGGUCUCCAAAAUGUCUACGGAAAAUUGUCGUCAUUCGUGGCAUUCGGCCAUCGUCCAAUCAGAAAGCCAGAAACCGCGGUAUUGAGUUACUGACAUUCGAAGAGGUGGAAAAGUCGGGAGCGUCAAAAACAUUUCCGGAACAGCCACCGAAACCCAACGAUUUAUGCACAGUGUGCUACACUUCAGGCACAACAGGACUGCCAAAAGGGGUGAUGUUGACACACGGCAAUGUCGUGGCAGCGGUCAGCGCUGUCCUCGUUCAACUCGCUCACUACAGGCCAAAUGUCGGGGAUGUGAUGAUCUCUUAUUUACCACUGGCCCACAUGCUGGAGAGAUGUUGUGAAAACGGAAUGUAUUUGGUCGGCGGCGCAGUGGGUUUCUACUGCGGCAAUGUGAAAUUUCUUUUCGAAGACAUGCGAGUCCUUAAACCGACUAUCAUGCCUAGUGUACCUCGCAUGUUGAACCGUAUUUACGAACAACAGAUGUCUACAAUCUCUCCGUGGUUUUUUAAACGACUAAUGUAUAACAUGGCAAUCCGGUCGAAAGAAAACGAAAUUAAAAAGUUUGGUAUCGUUCGGAAAAACAGCAUGUGGGACAAACUAGUGUUCAGUAACUUACAGAAGAACAUGGGUGGAAAAUUGAGAUUAAUGAUAAUCGGUUCGGCACCUUUAGGUGGCCACGUUUUGACGUUUAUGAGGUGUGCUUUAGGAUGUUUAGUGGUUGAGGGAUACGGUCAGACUGAAUGUACUGCCCCAAUAACACUAUCGAUUCAAGGGGAUAUGAACACAGAACAUGUGGGGCCACCCGUGGCUUGCAAUUUAGUAAAAUUAGCUGACGUACCAGAAAUGGAGUACUACGCGUCAACGAAUCAAGGAGAGAUUUGCGUGAAAGGAUCGAAUAUUUUUCAAGGAUACUUCAAAGAUCCCGAAACCGUUUCGUUUGAUGAGCACGGAUGGCAUCAUACUGGAGAUAUAGGCAUGUGGCUUCCAAAUGGAACGCUUAAAGUAAUUGACCGAAAGAGACACAUUUUUAAAUUAUCACAAGGUGAAUACAUUGUUCCAGAAAAAAUUGAAACAAUUUAUAUGAAGAGCCAGUAUGUCCAUCAAGUUUUUGUUCAUGGAGAAUCGUUAAAGUCUUGCAUCAUAGCAAUAGUCGUUCCAUCAGUUGAAGUGAUUAAGUCUUGGGCACAUGAAAACGGUAUAUCCGGUACAUUAUCGGUAUUGUGCGCUAACCAGGAAGUAAAAAAACUAAUAAUGGACGAUAUGACGGCAUGGGGAAAAGACGGUGGUCUGAAGUCAUUUGAACAAGUUAAAGAUAUUUAUUUGCAUCCCGAUCCAUUCUCCGUGCAAAACGGACUGUUGACGCCAACGUUCAAAAUGAAACGGCCACAAGUGAGGUCGUACUUCGCACCGCAAAUCGAGGACAUGUACAUCAAGUUCAAAUAGGCAAUUUUCAUUGAGUAAAUUAUGGUUUUCAAACAAAAUUAUAUACUAUAUAACAUUAAUUUGUACCUCUAUGUACGAACAAGUAAACCCGCAUAUUCACUUUCAAUAAUUCAACAAAACCUUUAAAUUCACUUAUUGCGUACCUAUAACUGUUAUUAUACUGUUUCCAAAAUCAAAAUAAUGUGUGUAAUGUUGUAGGAAAAAUUAUAAUGCGAACUUAAUUACUGUACACGAUAUUUAAAAAAUAUCAAAUCACAAAUCUGUAUACUAAUCUAAUAUGUAAAAUUAAUUAAUUAAUAUUAAUAUAUAAAAUCCAUAAUGA